UAAAUAGGAGAUAUACGGCCAUUAUGGAGCAAAUUUUCCAAUUAGAACGGAUGGCAGAUCCAAAGUUUGAGAUGCCACAUCCGGGCGCAGUCCCUAUGGAAGUCCGGGCGGCGCUGCCACCGGGAAUGUGGAACAUAGACCUCGUUCUUCGACAGUAUCUUGCGGCCCAUAAGGAGCCUACAGUCCAUGACGUCGAUCAAGAGCUCGAAUCACUGCGCAUGGCGUUCACCCGGAUUCACGUCGACGCCCUCAAGGACAUCAAACAGCAGAUGAAACCCCGGGAGGGGCCGAGUUUCAAGUACGAGAUGCAGGGCAGUCUUCUCAGGCACAAGAUCCUUGCGUGGCGCGUGUUCCCAAUCAACGAUCUGCCGACGGAGAUCCUGACCAUGGUCUUUCGCAACGUGCGCCGAACAGACCCUCAGCUAGGAUGUCUGUGGGCCAUGCGCAUCACCUGGGUUUGCAGGCAAUGGAGAUACAUCGCUAUGGCGGAUCCGGUGCUCUGGGGAACCAUCAUCUUCGACGAUCCUUACCCGUGGGCGCGCUCAUUCAGGUAUUUCGAGCGAGCCGGUGCUGGCGACGUUGCCUUCCGGCUGGCAGACAGGAAGCAGAAGGACGACCAGGGUAACGACAUUGCUCCGAAGAUCACGGCCGAGCAGAUGCAAGAGUUCUUGGCAAAGAUUUAUCCAAAAUAUCAUCAGAUUCGUGCCUCUAUCUUUGUUUUGGACACUUGGCCAGCCGCGGCGGAGGUUCUGAAGUUCUUCUCUCAUCCUAACACACGCAGCCCUCGGGUCCUCGAAUGCUUCGAGGUGCAUCGUCCUUCUACAGUGAUCGCCGGCGAACCCUGGCUUACACCAGGAUUCCGCUCGCCCUGCAUUCUGCAGCCUGUGACGCUGUUCUGCGGCGACGCCCCCAAGUUGCGGAGCAUCUGUCUCAACGGAAUCAAUGUCCGCUGGGCCGGCAUUCCUUGCACAAACCUACGUACCCUGGAUCUCCGCCGCAUACCACAAGCGCUCUGCCCUUCCAGUGCCGACUUCCUUGACAUGCUGCGUGCGACCAACAACAUCAGGCGACUCAACCUCGACAUCGCGGGACCCGUCAUGGUCGACACGGCCCCGUGCAUCCGCCACCCGGUCCACCUCACGAGGCUGAAGGAGCUCUUUCUCGGAGGCGCGACCCCUACGUGGAUGCAGUGGGCUAUGACGCACUUCGUCGCGCCCCAGCUCGCCGUCCUAGCCAUCGCCAGGUGCGACCUCGUCGCGGACGCGCCGCUGUGCACGUUCCUGGCCGGCCGGUUCCCGCGGCUCGAGUCGCUCGCGCUCUUCGCGAUCCGGUACGCCACGACCAUCAGGACGCCGCUCCUUAAGUGGCUCGCGUCCCUGCCCAGGCUCAGAGUGGUCAAGUUCUCGCACAUGCCGCGCGAGAUCAUGCUCGGCUGGCUCUUCGAGGACGCGCGCUUGUUCCACCCCGAGCAGACCCAUCGCGGCGCGCAGCAGCAGGCCGCGCUGACCCAGGACUCGCCGAUCUUCGCUCCGAACCUCACUUCGCUUUACCCCGACAUGCAGGCCGUGCGAGAUGUCAUCGAGUUCGUAAAGAAGCGCAAGGAGCUUGGCGCGUCACUCGAGCGAGUGCACAUCCCGGCCCUAUACAGGAGCACACCCGAAGAGGAGGCGGAGCUUCGCGAGCUUGGCGUGGAGGUUGUUCGAGGUAUGGUUCCUACCAAGGAAGAGCAGGAUAUAGAAACCCGAUGGGAAAUGCAGUUCGGUAGGUGAGCCGGAUGCCUGUAGCUAUCAGUAAUGGAUCGGACUCGCUUGAAGCUCACUCAGCCUAAUCGCUGCGGUUCGUUAUGCUUCCAAUAGUCGUGAAGAUUAAUAGUAUUGUAUACGUACGUACGCUACAAUACGACCAUGCAUUCAU